AUGUUUAAUCAACAGCUGCGCUUACGGGAAGCAAGUGGAAUGAAUAAACAGGCUAAGACAGGAGCCAGCAAACUUGCAGUCUGGUUCCAGCUUCUUCCCCUGAAGAACUGCAGCUUUAAUCAAGGUGUUUUGCUGGCGACUGGAAUACACUCAAAUAAAGACACGACUCAAAUAAAGAAGAUCAAAAGGCCCAAGCUCGCUGUGCCCCAGAUCAACUGCGAUGUCAAAGCUGGAAAGAUAAUCAAUCCUGAGUUUGUUGUAAAAUGUCCGGCAGGAUGCCAAGACCCGAAAUACCACGUUUAUGGCACGGAUAUCUAUGCAUCCUACUCGAGCGUGUGUGGCGCCGCGAUUCACAGUGGCGUGCUUGAUAAUUCAGGAGGGAAAAUACUUGUUCGGAAAGUCGCUGGACAAUCUGGCUACAAAGGGAGUUACUCCAAUGGUGUGCAGUCAUUGUCGCUGCCACGCUGGAGAGAGUCCUUCAUUGUCUCAGAAAGUAAACCCCAAAAGGGUGUAACCUACCCAUCGGCUCUUACAUAUUCAUCAACGAAAAGCCCCCCUGCCAAAACAGGUGAGGCGACAAAAGCCUAUCAGAAGCCACCAGUCCCAGGAACAACCGCACAGCCGGUCACCCUGAUGCAGGUAACGGGAGCCCCGGCCACCGAAGCCACCCACACCAGCCUGCCAAAGCCAUCCCCAUCCACAGGUUCUACCACCAGCAGCCUCAGACCACAGCCUGUGGGCCACAGGAGCUGGGAGCUGGAUCGCUGGUCCCCCAGCUCUCCCGCAAGCAGCCAGAACAGCGGCCGCGCCAGUCCAGGUAUCCAAAGUCAGGAUUCUCCCCGAGCUGCUUUCCAGAAACCUGCCAGAGCACAGGUUACUUGCGGGGAAAUGGACUUGUGGCAACCUGGAUCGGUCCUUUUAGAUGCAGGAUUUGUUCCAAAAGAAGAAUUAAGCACACAGUCUUUGGAUUCAGUAUCCCAGGGAGAUGCAAACUGCAAAGUUGACUUGUCAUUUUUAAUUGAUGGGAGCUCGAGCAUUGGCAAACGCCGAUUCCGAAUCCAAAAGCAGUUCCUGGCUGAUAUUGCCCAAGCUCUUGACAUUGGCCCUGGCGGUCCACUGAUGGGCGUUGUUCAGUAUGGAGACAACCCUGCUGCCCAGUUUAACCUCAGGACUCACAUGAAUUCCCGGGAUCUGAAGGCGGCCAUAGAGAAAAUCACCCAGAGAGGAGGACUUUCUAACGCAGGUCGGGCCAUCUCCUACGUGACCAAGAACUUCUUUUCCAAAGCUAAUGGGAACAGAGGCGGUGCUCCCAACGUGGCCGUGGUGAUUGUGGACGGCUGGCCCACGGACAAGGUGGAGGAGGCUUCGAGGUUCGCAAGAGAGUCAGGAAUCAACAUUUUCUUCAUCACCGUCGAAGGUGCCACUGAGAACGAGAAGCAGUACAUGGCGGAGCCCAACUUCUCGAAUAAGGCGGUGUGCAGAACGAACGGCUUCUACUCGCUCAGUGUGCAGAGCUGGUUCAGCCUCCACAAGAUUGUGCAGCCCCUGCUGAAGCGGGUCUGUGACACUGACCGCCUGGCCUGCAGCAAGACCUGCUGGAACUCCGCCGACAUCGGCUUUCUCAUCGACGGCUCCAGCAGCGUGGGCACGAGCAACUUCCGCACAGUUCUCCAGUUUGUGGCCAACAUCACCAAAGCGUUUGAGAUUUCAGAAACAGACACGCGGAUCGGGGCUGUGCAGUACACCUACGAACAGCGCCUGGAAUUUGGGUUUGAAGAUUACACCACCAGCUCCGACGUCCUCAGUGCCAUCAGUAGGGUGGGCUACUGGAGCGGUGGGACCAGCACAGGGACCGCCAUAAACUACGCCCUGGAACAGCUCUUCAAGAAGUCCAAGCCCAACAAGAGGAAGUUAAUGAUCCUCAUCACUGAUGGGAGGUCCUACGACGACGUCCGAAUACCGGCCAUGGUUGCCCAUCACAAGGGAGUGAUCACCUACGCGAUAGGCGUCGCAUGGGCUGCCCAGGACGAGCUGGAAGUCAUAGCCACUCACCCUGCUGAAGACCACGCCUUCUUUGUAGAUGAGUUUGACAGCCUGUACAGAAUUGUCCCCAGGGUCAUCCAGAACAUUUGCACAGAGUUCAACUCACAGCCUCGGAACUGA